AUGUCUAAUACCAAUAAGUAACAUGAUGUGUGUAUUGAUGAAAACAAAGAAAAUUUGACUAUCUAAAUAAUUUUAAGCGAGCAAGAAUCAUAAGAAUAAGGUAGUUUGAAUAAUUAUAUAUUAGCUUUAUCUAAUUACAGCACUUAAAAUGAUUAACAAAAUCUAGUCAAUUUCGAUUAUCAAGAGGACAUUAGUGCUAUUGUAGAACAUUUUAAGGUUUCAAUCAAGAAAGGAUAAUGGAAAGAUCAAAUAUCAAAAAAUAUCCAUAAAACAAGAUUAAAGAAGACUUAAUACAAAAAAAAGGUUAAAAGAAUUAAAGAGUUUCAACUUGAAGAAGAUAUCAAACUCUUAAACUUAGUUCAUCAACAUGGAAGAUAAUUCUCCAGAAUAGUGAAGUAAUUCCCAAAAAGGACAGUUAGUAUGCUUAAAAAUAGAUAUUACAAGAACCUAAGAUAUAGAUGGGAAGAAUUAAUGGGAAUGUAAUACAUAUAUAGAUUAUAUAGAGAAUACACAUAAAAUGAAUAUGAAUCGAAAACUGAGAACUAGGUGAAUAGAAAGUCUGGGGACAACAAUUUUGUUAAACAUUAAGACCUAAUCAACAUGAUACCUGAUUCAUAUAGUUGUCCAAUAAUUUGUGACAUGCUCUCAACAUUCAUUACAAAAAUGGACUAAUUUCUCAAAUUUCAAUUUUGA